AUGACCACAAACCUAGAUUCGAAACAACUUGAACAAUUGAAAGAAGCCGAGAAAUUGGCAUUUGAACAUCAGAACUUUUUUGAGCAAAUUCUUGACACAACAAUCUCUAUAUGCUUAGGAACUCCAUGUAAUGAGUUUCGACUCCAGUAUCAAUGCUUGAGCUUUAUUCACAAGGCUUUUUACGAGAAAAAAAUCGAUUCUUUCGAAUUAAGAAGCCAACAGUCCGUCAAAGUAAUUCAGCUUCUCGAUUACUUGAUAAUUCGUAACGAAGAGAGGUCUCCAAACUACUUGAUCAUACAGAAGUGUAUUGAUAUUCUCAACGCUACAUACGACCUUAUUUUUUUGCAGAUGGUUCAAAAUCCGAAUGAAGACGAUUGGGAACGCCUGUCUAACGUCAAAGACUAUCUACUUUCUCAGUGGCCCUCUUCAUAUCCAUUACAGCCAUAUAACCCAGAAACUGACCUCUCCAGAUCAAUCGCAUGCAAAACUUCCCUGAUCAAGCUAAUUGGGAGAAUCAUUCAAGUUCAACUUCCAGCAUCUCCCUCUAUUACUGAUAUCGAGCAUGAUAUCUCGGUCUCCAUGAUUAAAACAAGCCAUCCGUUUCUCUUGAAUUCAAAUUUGUCAUCGCAAGCACAAAACCUACUGGACAAUUUUUUUACAGUUUUGAAUGAUGAUGUUUUGCUUCCAACUGGAUUGUUCACCACAAUCAUGUCCACAAUGAUGACGUUAUUCAAAGCAAGACCCAAAUUCCUCUCAAAUAAAUUUAUCAUGUUUAUUUUAGCCUACGAGUCGCAAUUGAAGAUUGAACCACGAUUCGAACGAGAGGAGAAGCUUAAAAUGAAACUAACCAAGAGAUUUAAUGACAGAGUUGACAAAUGCUUAAUUUCCAUACUUUUGAACAAGGGUUUCUUGGCAAAAGACCCGGGUCUGAGAACUAGAUUUGAGAACAAGUUCAACUACUUGGUGGACAAGGCACGAGACCAAAGACAAAAGGGAAUAUUGAAUGUUGAUGACGAUGAUGAUCUUGAGGUGAAAGAGAUCAAAAGACAAAAGGUUGAGGCUAUACAGAGAAACAAUAUGCUGUUUUACAACGAGUCCAGAAUUGCUAGAUCCCAUGAUUAUAAGUCUAUAUACAAUCUUAUCAAACCAAAUGAUCAGUUGACUGAAUUUGAUAUGUCAACUAUCCCAACAGAUGUGCUAGUCUCAAUGGUUAUUACAGCCUUACAAAAGAUAAGUGUCGCUAAGCUAGUCAAAGGUCUGACAAUCGUCUCUGAUAGAUAUAAAGAUAUUACCACAAAUACGGAUAGCGCUUUUCAGGGAAUAUAUGUCCCGUCUACGAAUGAAGGGUCUUUGAAAAGAAAGCGCACCGAUGAUGACGAAUUUGGUAUACGUACGCGGAUGAAGACAGACACUGGAAAUGAUAUUUCAAACGAGAUUGAUGACGCAUAUAAUGAUGAUGAAUUGAAGGGAGACUUUUUGGUUCCAGUACCUAAGGAGUUUUCUUUUAACAGCAAGAAAGAGCAAUUAGCGCUUAUUGUUAGAAACUUCAUUAAGCAAUCAGCUCCUAAGAUCAAGCAAAAUAACUCCACCUCAGAUCAGUCGAUACAACACAAUGCACUCGAUAAGCUUGCAAUAUCGAUUUGGAAUGAAGAGUCUUGGGUUAAAGUCCUUUCCCGACUUGCGACACGAGGACUAGCUAAUGAUGAGCUAUCUGAUUGUAUGAGGAAAUCCGUUUUCAACUAUUUCAAAGACGAUAUGAGGAAUAGAAUUGAUGGAGUCAUUGAAUGGCUGAAUGAAGAAUACUAUUCUGAGAUACGUGAUACAACAGGUGUACAGCCACAGAAAGACGGUCAUUAUAUGACAUACUGCGCGUUCACUUUGGAUAAUCUGAUUCCAUUCUUGGACUCGAGUGACAGAAAAGUUUUCAUCAGAUUGAUGAGCGAGCUACCAUACCUGGACAAAAGUCUUAUUUCAAAACUUCGAUCUUUGUGUAAAGAUCCUGUAAGAUCCAAACUCGGUUUUCAGUCUUUAUUAUAUCUCAUUAUGUUCAGGCCACCCGUAUUACCCGAUUGUUUGGGGCUCCUCACAGACAUGCUCAAUGACGCAAGCAGCGAUGACGCACUGAAGAAAGAAUGUUCAACUUAUCUCAAGAAAUAUAGUCCUCAAUAA